AUGCAACAGCAAUCAAACAACCCUGAUAAUCAACCAAAAAAACAGCAGUCACUUCCUCAGCAGCAACGAAUAAGAAAAAUUCGACAAAAUGAACAUAUCCCCCGAUAUAUCAAAUCACAACCAUGGUACUAUCAAUCGUUAAAUUCAAAUGACUAUUUAAUUCACCACAGACAAUCACAAGAUAAAAAGAAAUUAUUCGAUAUUGAGAAUAAUAGAGAAGCAAAAGUUGGUGGUGGAAUCAAUGAUAAAUUUGUAAAAAAGGAAGUGAUUAGUAUUGAGAAUUACAAUAAAUACAACAUUCAAGACACUGGACACAAAUUUUGUAAGAAUUGUGGACAACUGGGUCAUUUAAGGAAAGAUUGUCUUGAAAGACCAAGACAGAUAAAGAAUAAAAAUGUAUUAAUACAAAAACACGAAAUAAAAAAACAAGAUAAUAGAGAAGAAGGAAACAGUAAAUUUUUGACAAUUAGAGAUGAUGAAAAUUUAGAUUGGGAUGCCAAAAAGGAUCGAUGGUAUGGAUAUACAGGUGACGAUUAUGAUAACGUUGUACAUAAAUGGCAAGCAAAUAAUAAUGAAAAUGCAUCUAGACCAGUAGCAUCAAAUAAAUAUGAUCGAGAUGAGGAAAUUGAAUUAUUCAAAUUGAGAUUAAUAAAAUAUUCUAAGGGUUUAAUAAGACAGCAUCAGUUCAGCGAACAAGAGAGGAAUUUAGGUAGAACGACAGUAAGAUUGAGAGAGGAUAAAGCUGUGUAUUUAAAUGACAUUAAUUCGUCUAGAAUGAAAUAUGAUCCUAAGUCUAGAGUUUACAAAACUGCAACUACAGGGUACAUUGAUUCGAAAACAAAGAUGUUCCGUAGACAUUUGACUGGUGAAGGUUUACAAUUAGAACAGUUGUCUAGAUUUAACCGUAGGUAUGCACGUCAACAAGGAAUUAACGAUGCAUUACAAGAUAAAAGGAAAAUCGAGCAUGUAUUAAUAGCUAAUCCGACUAAAUAUGAAAAAUUGAUGAGAGAAACUAAGCAACUACAGCAACAACAAAAGCAACAAGAGAAUUCUACUUCCAAGGCAUCAAUAGAUUAUUCACAAUUGGAAGCCCAAAAAAUUAAAGGAAAAAAACAAGAUUCUUUAACAAAGAAAGUAUUGAAAACCAUGUAUGAAUGA